CUCUUCCUCCCCAUAUAUCACAAAAUAAAACGACGGCAGCAAACGAUGAGCGCAGACAACAGCAUUGCACGGUACCAGACCUCGUCGGCCAUCGUCGGCCAGGUCCUGAAGCAGGUGAUCAGCGCUGCCGCCCCGGGCGUAUCGGUCGCGGCUCUGUGUGCCUAUAGCGACUCACUCGUAACAGCGCUGUCAUCCUCGGUGUUCCGCAAGGAGCGCGAAAUUGAGCGCGGCGUGGCCUUCCCGACAACUAUCUCUGUGAACAACAUCAUCCAGAACUUUUCGCCGUCUCCCGAAUCUGACUACAUUCUUCGCGACGGCGACGUGGUCAAGAUCGACAUCUCAGCGCACAUCGACGGAUAUAUAGCCUCGGCCGCGCACACACUGGUGGCGACAAACUCGCCCUCCAUGACUAUCACCGACCGCCGGGCGGACGCAAUCAGCGCCGCAUACUACGCAGGCGAGGUGGCGGCGCGGAUGAUCCGGCCGGGGCAGACGGCGCGCAAUGUGGUCAAGGCGAUCGGACUGGUGGCUGGCGGCUUCAACUGCAAUGUGGCGGAGGAGACGUUCACAUGCCAGGUGGACCGGUUCGUGAUGAACGGCAAGAACUCAUUCGGCAACCGCUUUGACCCGGACCUGCUGGUGCCCGAGCUGACUUUUGAGACCGGCGAAAUCUACACCAUCGACUGCACGCUGAGCUCGGGUUCCGGCAAGGCACGCAGCGCCGAUAUUGAUCCGACCGUGUUCCAGCGCGACGUCAACCAGAUGUACAACCUCAAGCUGCGCACGUCGCGUGCACUGUUCUCCGAGGUCUGCAAGCAGUACUCGGUGUUCCCGUUCCUGAUGCGCAAUGUUACCAGUGCCAAUCCGGCCCUGAAGGCUGGCAUUAACGAAUGUCUGAGGGCGCGCCUGCUUGUCCCGUUCACUGUCACCGUCGAUAAGACCCACGGCGAUACGUUUGUUGCCCAGUUCAAGCUCACUGUCAUGUGCCACUACACCGGCCCCAUUCGUCUGACGCCCCAGCUGCCUAUGCCCAAUGUCCGGUCGGCGAUUGAGAUCCCGCCCGAGUCGGAGAUUGGAAAGAUCUUGGCUAUGGACUACGAGAUGUCGAAGCUGCCGGAGCUGCCGAGGCUGAAGACCCAGAUCCCGGCCCCCCUGCCCACAAGCAGCACUGCGGCUCCUGCUGAUUCUGACUCGAUGGAGCUCUAACUCACUCUGGACGAGUAGCUUUUUUGCGAUUCCUGUUCACCCAAAUAGAUAUGAAAUCAAC